UCCGCCUGUCCCGCACCCGUCUGCCUCCGCCCGCCAUGGCGCCGGUGGGAACGGCGCAUCUGGUGCGCUGCGGACAGAAGGACGAAUUGUACCGGAGCGGGCUGCGGAGCGGGGCCGGCACCGCGCUGCAUGGGCUGGCGGGUGCCAAGAGGUGGCUGGAAUGGAGGAGAGAGGUUGAGCUGCUUUCAGAUGUGGCCUACUUCACCCUGACCACUUUGUCAGGUUACCAGACUCUGGGUGAAGAAUAUGUUAACAUUGUUCAAGUUGACUCAACCAAGAAAAGGGUACCUUCAUUUCUCCAACGAGCCAUCUUCGUUUCUCUUCACACUGUCUUACCCUAUUGCUUGGAAAAGGGAUUGCUGCACCUGGAACACGAGCUGCAGACAGAACCUGAUGAGUCCAGAACCUCACAGAGCAAUCCAGCCCUGGGAUUAUCCAGUAGGACCUUAAUACGGAACUGGAUACGGAAACAAGUUGGAGACCUGACAGAACAGCAGAAGAAAACAGUCUUACAAAUUGUCUAUGUGCUUAAACAGUCCAUACCUCUGCUUCACCGACUGCAUUUGGCAGCAUUCUACAUCAGUGGCACUUUCUAUCACCUGUCUAAAAGAAUUGCAGGAAUCACAUAUCUGCAUUUUGGAGGACUGCAAGGAGAAGAUGAGAGUAUUCGAUCAAGUUACAAGUUUCUUGGAAUAAUUUCACUCUUCCAUCUCCUUCUAACAAUUGGUGUUCAGAUGUACAGCUUCAAACAGAGGCAGAGAGCAAGGCAGGAAUGGAAACUACACCGCAGCCUCACUCAUCAGAAAAAUUCAACCAAGGAAAAAAUCACGGGUCGCCACUCCCGCUGCACUCUGUGUCUGGAAGAUCGGAGACACGCGACAGCUACACCCUGUGGCCACCUCUUCUGCUGGGAAUGCAUCACAGCCUGGUGUAACACCAGAACAGAAUGUCCACUGUGCAGAGAGAAGUUCCAUCCUCAGAAACUGAUCUACCUACGUCACUAUCAGCUGUAAAGGAAAAAGCUCCUGUUCCAUGACCAGGGACUCAGCUCUCAUACAUGUUAAAAAGUUGUCAUACAGUUUGAGUUGGUCCAAGAAAAAGACUUUAUUAUAAAACUGGUAACUGUCUGUGCAAGGUGGCACUUCAUUUUUUACAGAAUAAAUCUAUUUCUGCCUCU